CCCCCGGCGCCACCGCCACCGCCGCCGCCGCCGCCGCCCGCCGCGCCAGGUCCUAAAGCCGCGCGUCUCAAGAGGAUGGUGCGCCUGGCGGCCGAGCUGCUGCUACUGCUGGGGCUGCUGCUGCUCACGCUGCACAUCACCGUGCUGCGCGGUUCGGGAGCCGCGGACCGGCCCGACGCGGCCGCGGGCAACGCCACCGGGACCCAGCUGCAGAAUAACCUCAACCUGGAAAGUGACUCUGCAUCAGAAACCAGCUUUCCUCUCUCCAAAGAAGUACCAGGGGAGCAUCUGGACCACCAGGCUGCACACCAACCCUUCCCCAGACAGCGAUUCCAGCAAGAGGAUGGGCACCCUUCAUUGCAAAGAGAUGGCCCCAGAUCCUUUCUCCUUGAUCUACCAAACUUUCCAGACCUUUCCAAAGCUGAUAUCAAUGGGCAGAAUCCAAAUAUCCAGGUCACCAUAGAGGUGGUGGACGGUCCUGACUCUGAAGCAGAUAAAGAUCAGCCUCCGGAGAAUAAGCCCAGCUGGUCAGUCCCAUCCCCUGACUGGCGGGCCUGGUGGCAGAGGUCCUUGUCCCUGGCGAGGGCCAACAGCGGGGACCAAGACUACAAGUACGACAGUACUUCAGAUGACAGCAACUUCCUCAACCCCCCCAGGGGGUGGGACCGUCCGGCCCCAGGUCACCGGACUUUUGAAACCAAAGAGCAGCCAGAAUAUGAUUCCACAGACGGUGAAGGCGACUGGAGUCUCUGGUCUGUUUGCAGCGUCACCUGUGGGAACGGCAACCAGAAACGGACAAGGUCUUGUGGCUACGCAUGCACUGCCACAGAGUCUAGGACGUGUGACCGUCCAAACUGCCCAGGAAUUGAAGACACCUUCAGGACAGCUGCCACCGAAGUGAGUCUGCUUGCAGGAAGUGAGGAGUUUAAUGCCACCAAACUGUUUGAAGUUGACACAGACAGCUGUGAGCGAUGGAUGAGCUGCAAAAGCGAGUUCUUAAAGAAGUACAUGCACAAGGUGAUCAAUGAUCUGCCCAGCUGCCCCUGCUCCUACCCCACCGAGGUGGCCUACAGCACGGCCGACAUUUUCGACCGCAUCAAGCGCAAGGACUUCCGCUGGAAGGACGCCAGUGGGCCCAAGGAGAAGCUGGAAAUCUACAAGCCCACCGCCCGGUACUGCAUCCGCUCCAUGCUGUCCCUGGAGAGCACCACGCUGGCCGCCCAGCACUGUUGCUAUGGCGACAACAUGCAGCUCAUCACCAGGGGCAAAGGGGCAGGGACGCCUAACCUCAUCAGCACCGAGUUCUCCGCGGAGCUCCACUACAAAGUGGACGUCCUGCCCUGGAUUCUCUGCAAGGGCGACUGGAGCAGGUAUAACGAGGCCCGGCCUCCCAACAACGGACAGAAAUGCACGGAGAGCCCCUCGGAUGAAGAUUACAUCAAGCAGUUCCAAGAGGCCAGGGAGUAUUAAAGAGACGCCACCUCUGUUGUUUGUGACACAAAUGGACUGCACUGAGCUGCCGCCUGGAGCAGAGUCCCUCUUAUCUGCAUUCAUGUACAUUUGUAUAUACCACAUGAGUAUUUUUCAUAAAUUACACUGGGGGUGUGCGCCAGGCCCGGGUGACUGCCAUCUGAAGCCACCUUUGCCAUCUACAAUGCCCACAGACCUCCUUGGAACGCCUCCUAGGGAUGAUAUCGGCAGGAGUAUGAGGACAAAGAAGCCAGAAGAAGAACCUGGAAGCCACAGCAGUGGGAUUCAGUUCACACCCCAGAUCCAGUAUUUCUGAGAGGAACCAAGGGGGAAAAAGACUCAAGUUGUAAACCUUAUAAGCAGUUUUUAUAUAUAACUUAUUUAAUAUGAAUGUGACUUAUACGUAACCUUUUCUCUGGAGUUGCCGUGAAACUAUUUAAUUGCUUCUGUGAGAGUUCAGAAAGGGGCUUAGGGAGGUGGAAGAGAAAGGGAAUUUUGUAAUGACUUCUUUCAAGAUAAAUAACUCAAUGGAAAUGUUUCAAAACAAGAAAACACCCACCUUAAACCAAAUGUUAUUUAGUCAUGAGGCACCUUGUUGAAGUCUCUGCUUCCAAAAUGCCCUUGCCUCCGACUGGGUAGCGGGUGCGGGACAAAUGGGUAUCUUAGGAGAAAAUCUGAGGCCUGGUUUUAAAUAGGCUUUAAAAUAAAAGGCCAAUAUUAGCAUAAUGCUAUGAUUCCAGUAAAAGGCUUCAGAACAGCAGAAUUUCUGCUCAUGCCUUAGUAGGUUCAGAAGGCUGCAGGAAGGUCAGACAUAAAAACAGGGAGUAGCACUUUUCCAAAGAAAAAAGCAAAAGAAAUGGGAAAAGAAUAUGGACCUCAUUUUAUCUAUUUUAUUUUAAUACCAUUUUAACAAUUUUUUCUCCACCAAUAUAUUCCUAGUAAAUAAAUAUAAAAAGAGGAGGGGGACUUAAGUCUAGGAAAUCCUAAUUUUUUUAUGUUUUAACAAAGGAAAAAAACUACAUUAUUUUUGUAAAGUAUUUAUUGAGUCAUUGAGUCUUGUGCAUCAAGCAAUUAUAAUGUGACCUGGUUCUGUAGCGUGGAACUUAGGACAAAUAAAGAGUUGGUUCUUAUGCAACCUUUACUUGCAAAACUCCAGGAAAAGAGAAUAUAUAAUAAAAUCAUAAUAAAAUGUGUUACCUGCAGUAAAUGUGUUACCUGCAAGUAUUUAUGAUACAGAUACCAUAAAUAGCCCUGGUAAAGCAGGGCUUCAAGGCAGGGGAGAGGAAGGUUCAAAUAAAAGGCUCAUUAAUUGA